CUAGACUAAACGAACUGGGCUAUAAGACAUUACAGAAAUAUCCUCGGCUGAGCUCGUCGGCACUCGAAACUCGAAUGUUGCAGUUGUUUUGAUUUUCUGUCUGAGAUUUCAGUGUGGGACUGUGUAUAGCUUUACCACGCUAGACUCAGUCUGUUACCCCUCGUGAGUGUAGUUCUAUAAUAGUGCGUCCGGUAAAUUAUACACCAACAUGGGAGGUUAUGCUUGGGUAACGUUAGCUACCACUGAUUCCUAUUCUUUAGGGGCCUUAGUCUUGGCCCAUUCAUUGAAACAAGUUGGAACUAAACACCAACUAGCUGUUCUGAUAACACCGGGGGUGACCAAUCCCAUGAGGAAUAAGCUCAAAGAAGUUUUUGACUUAGUUGAAGAAGUAAAUAUUCUAGAUUCAAAGGAUGAGACGAACCUCAAACUGUUAAAGAGACCUGAAUUGGGCAUUACCUUCACAAAACUUCACUGUUGGAGACUUACACAGUACGAGAAAUGUGUAUUUUUGGAUGCAGAUACGCUGGUGUUAGAAAACUGCGACGAGCUUUUCGAGAGAGACGAACUAUCGGCAGCUCCAGAUGUAGGUUGGCCAGACUGCUUCAAUUCCGGAGUGUUUGUAUAUUGUCCUUCCAAUCAAACAUUCUCGAAUCUGAUACAGUUUGCUCUGGAUAAGGGUAGUUUCGAUGGAGGAGAUCAAGGACUACUUAACUUGUACUUCUCAGACUGGGCACACAAAGACAUUAGGAAGCAUUUACCCUUCAUUUACAACAUGUCAUCAACAGCAUGUUACUCAUAUCUCCCUGCCUUCAAACAAUUUGGGAGUAAUGCGAAAAUUGUUCACUUCAUCGGGGGUACUAAGCCUUGGUUACAGUAUUUCGACAUUCAAACAAGGACAGUACAUCCAUCCUUUGAGCUGCAACACAUGAAGGAAGUUCUGCAAUAUUGGUGGAACAUUUUCUGUAAUUCCGUCCACCCUAACUUAUCAAACGAAAUGAGCAAUACCAGCACAAGCACUGGCUAUGGUAACUUCCCUCAGAAUAUCACUCACACUUCCUACUAUUACCAACAUGAAUCCCAAAAUACCUACGUUGCGGAUGACUAUAAAAAUGUAUGGGAUCCAUGGGAAGAAUAUUUAGAAAAAAUGUCACAUGAUCAACCAUCUCAUAACGAAACUCAAACUAGCCAUUAUCAUAGCUCAGGUCAUAAUCAUCAAGAUCAGUAUCAGUCAAAUGAAGACCAGUUUCAUUCUGAUGAUCAUUACCAUUUAAACGAAGUCGAGAAUCAUCCAUAUCAAGAAUCAACUCAUCAUCAAGAGCAAGCAAAUAUUUCGCUUUUUGAAUCUCACAAUACAAACACGGAGUUUGCUCAUCAUACUAACGAUCAUGAAAAAUACUCUUCAUCCCCUACGUAUAGUCAAUCGCAACCCAGUUAUCCAACAGUUCAUUAUGAUCCUCCCUCUUGUCCUAAUCAAGAACCUCCUAUGACUGAACCCCCACCUCCUUUACCUUCCAAUGAGUCAAAUGAGUGUGUUGCAACCAUGGUUGUUUCGAAUGAGACUAGCUUGCACAAUAGUCAUGAAGAUAAGCAAACUGAUGAUAGUGGCUUUGCCGGGGCCUUUGCCAAGUUGACCCUCGGCGUAGCAAGGACCCCAGAGCAAGCUGCUUUGGAUGACCACUUGCGAAGACAAGGCUGGGAAGUUGGAAACAUCGACUACUUGGGAAGAGAUUCUUUCGACAACAUUUGGAGCAAGAUCUGCGAAACGCUCGCUGAAGCCCCGUCUGAGCCUCAGAAACCAAAAGAACCGUCACCUCCUAAACCUGAACCGAAUGACAAGAUUGAGAAGGAAGCAGAACAAACGCCUCAACCUGAACCACCAAAACAAGAAGCACCAGUUACGGAAGCUCCAAAAGCAACUGAAGCACCAGGUGAAGUUCCUGUGUGCGCUGUCCAUCCUCCUACACCAGUAGAAGAGCCAGUAUGUGCAUUGCCUUCAAAACAAGACCCUGUAUGUUCUAUUCCCACUCCCAAACCUGCAGAAUCUGGUCUAGCUGAUGCACCUGCUUGUCCAGUCUCGGCCAAACCCGAACCUCCUGCUACUGUUUGCCCUGGACCUGAAAGCGUUCCGCAAUCUUCUGAAGGGCCUGCACUAGCUACGGCCUUACCUGCUACAGACGCCCCAGCUUGUCCUAUUCCUUCUACCGUGACGGAAAAACCUCUUGCGAUCUGUCCAGCUCCUCCAACUGCUAGUCAGCCCGCAGUUCUCCAGAGUCCCGCACCAGCUUCAGCGCCUCAGAUACCUGCAGAAGUUCCAGUUCCGGAAAGUCCUGUACCUGCUUCAACUCCUCAAAGCCCCACAGAAACUUCAGUAGCUAAAACUACCGUAGAAGCUCCAGUGCCCGCUCCGACUCCUCAAAGCCCUGCGCCUGCUUCAGUUCCUGAGGGUCCUCCACCAGUUUCAAUCCCUCAAAGUCCUGCACCAGUUUCAACUCCUCAAAGUCCCGCACCAGCUUCAAUCCCUCAAAGUCCUGAACUAGUUUCAACUCCUCAAACACCCAAACCAACUUCAAUCCCUCAAAGUCCUGAACUAGUUUCUACUCCCCAAAGUCCCGCACCAGCUUCAAUCCCUCAAAGUCCUGCACCAGCUUCAAUCCCUCAAAGUCCUGAACCAGUUUCAACUCCUCAAAGUCCCGCACCAGCUUCAAUCCCUCAAAGUCCUACACCAGCUGCAGUCCCUGAAACUCCCGCAUCAGCUUCAAUUCCUCAAAGUCCUGAACUAGUUUCAACUCCUCAAAGUCCCUCACCAGAUUCAAUCCCUCAAAGUCCUGCACCAGCUGCAGUCCCGGAAACUCCCGCACUAGCCUCAGUCCCUGAAAGUCUUGCAUCAGUUCCGCAAGGUCCUGCGGCAGUUUCAACUAUUCAAAGUCCCGCACCAGCUCCAAUCCCUCAAAGUCCUACCCCAGCAUCAGUCCCUGAAAGUCCUUUACCAGCCUCAGUUCCUCAAAGUCCAGCCCCGGCUUCAGAACCUCAAACUACUUCAGCAGCUCCAGUUCUGGAAAGCCCAACACCAACUCCAAAAAGUCCAGUCCCAGCUUCGUGUCCCGCACCAGUUACAGUACCACAGAGUCCCGCACCAGCUUCUACUCCUCAGAGACCUACUCCAGCUUCAGUUCCUGAAAGUUCCGCGCCAGCGUUAGUGUCGGAAAGUCCCGCACCAGCUUUAGUUUCUCAAGCUCCCGCAGCAGCACAAAGUCCUAAAUCAGCUUCAACCCCUCAAAGUGUUGCUCCAGCCUCAGGCCCACAAAGUCCCGUACCAACUGCACAAAAGCCAGAGAAAGACUGUAAAAAACCUACGGAGCCUCCUAAAGAAGGAUCUGCUGUAGCAGGAAAGCCGGAAACUCCCAAAGAACUAUCUAAAGAUGAAAAACCGUCUGAGCAAGCUUCAAGUGAAACUUCAGGUCCCACGCCACCACCACGUAAAGGUAGUGGUCCCAAGAAAGCUGGUGGAAAGGGAAAGAAGUAAAAUAAUCCAUAAUGUUUUUGAAUUAUCAUUCUAUGAUAAAAUACUGCUUUGGAGUGUCUUUAUUUACGAGUAAUUUAAGUUGAACUACUAAACUAUAUUUAAGUAGAUCUUGGUCUUGACCCCAAUAAAUGGCAGAAUAUGGUUUUACUUGCAACUUUAUUUAACCCUCGUCUAGAAAAAUAAGUUAGGUGCACGGGAUUCAUAAGAAGCAUGAUAUUUUGCAUAAGAAACUUAAUAAUAGUCUAUAUUUCCUAUUGUACAGUAACGUUACAGAAAUUGUAUAGCCACUACAAAAUGAAAUGUCGCGUAAAUAUCACCAGUAUACGAGUAGUAGUUUACCUCUGAUCUUUCUUUCUUUAUAAUGGUGACGUAUCUUACGAGGGUGGUCCGAUAAGUACUUAGCCUCACCGGCCGAUGACGCCACUAUCGCAAGAGAAAUUUACUACCGGGUAGAACAUUCUCGUAGCCGGCUGCUGUCAAAAUUUUAGCCGAAUCGGACUCGUAGUUUUGUUAUGACCGCGUGCGGAAGCGGACGAAUCUUGUUUUUGGAAGGGAAAUCGCGCAGCGAAAUGAAAGAGCGCUUGCGUACGGUGACUCUUGUCCUUCGAUGGCGACCGUCAGAAAUUGGUUUAACGAGUUUCAACGUGGCCGUGUGUCGGUCAUAACCGUCGUGAAGCAUUGGGCAUGAUAAAGCUGUCUGCGCGAUGGGUACCGCGUUUGCUCACUCUGGACAAUAGGCGCAACCGUGAGACCACUUCAGAGCAGUCUUUAACGUUGUUUAAGCGCAAUCCAAAGGAGUUUCUGCCUCGUUUCGUGGCCGUCGACAAAACAUGGAUCCACUGGUACACACCAGAGACCAAGGAACAGUCAAAACAUUGGACUUCAGCCGGCGAACGUGCUCCGAGGAAGGCGAAUACUGUCCGAUCGGCCGGAAAGGUGACUGUUAGCGUGUUCUGAUUCACAUGGUGUGAUCUACAUCGACUACCUGGAGAAGGGCAAAACGGUCACAGGGCUCUACUAUGCCGAAUUAUUGGGCCGAUUCAACGCCGAAUUGCUGAAAAAAUGUCCCCAUUUGACGAAAAAGAAAUGUUCUUACACCAAGACAACGCACCGGCUCGCAGCUCCGCCACGGCUAAAUUGGUCGAUUUAGGCUACGAACUGCUGCCCCAUCCACAGUAUUUUCCAGAUUUGGCCCCGUGCGACUUCUUUUUGUUUCCAAACUUGAAAAAGUCACUCGCCGGGCAGAAAUUUGAAUCGAAUGAGGGGGUUAUCGCCGCCACGGAGGCCUACUUUGCAUACCUCCAGAAAAUUAUUUUUCAGGCGGAUUAAAGAAGUUUGAGUGUCGCUGGGUCAAAUGUAUCGAUCUGAAAGGAGACUGUGUUGAGAAAUAAAUUGCUACUUUUCCAAAAUUGUUGUAUUUGUUUUGUAGGCUAAGUACUUAUCGGACCGCCCUCGUAAAACAGCUACCAUCUAUGGUGUAAGGCUCUGACUGUAUUAGAAAUGACAUAAUGGUUGUUGUACAUUUACAUGAACUGUUUGUUUUUAAUUUGAUACACACACGUAAAUAAGGCUUUUUUCUGUGGAAGAUAACCUAUGUAUGGAUAAUUAGUAUUGACUGUUCGAGUGUCAUAAGCAGUUUGCACCUCAAGCUCGAAUAAAUUUUUAUUUUUGAAAAAAUAGAUAUAGUCAUGGUUU